GUGAUCACUUCACUUCAGUACGCUGAAAUGUCUAUAUAAGACCCGUCAUCCUUCCUCCCUAACUAUCAUCAUCAGAACAACGCAAACAUCCUCACUAUCAACUACUGAGCACUUUUCUCCUCAUCAUCCUAUCAUCCCUUACAACUCAAUCUUUCUCUUCAUUCCAACUCCAAGAUGAAGCCUUCCACCAUCCUUUCCGUCUUCACUGUGGUUGCCACUGUUUCGGCAGUGCCUACUAUGGAACUUGAACCGAGAGCAGCUCCAACAUGCCCUGCUGGAAGCUUCAAGCAGAUCUGCUUGCCCGCCGGAUUGUUCAACAUCAUCAACACGCUUCUCGGCAAUAUCCUCGGCACGGUUCAGAUUCUGGGCACCCCCUGUGGCGGCACAAUGAAGUGCUGCUCUACUACCUCUGGAAUCGGCUCCAAGACCAAGGUCAGCGGACUCAAAUGUGUCGCUCCUACUACACCCACCACUCCAACCAUUCCACCCGUGGUGUCUGCACUUCCACCUGUCAUCCCACCCGUGGUUUCUGCUAUCCCACCCGUGGUGUCUGCCAUUCCACCAGUCGUCUCCGGUGUGCUUUCUGUCGUCCCACCCGUGGCUUCAGUCAUUCCACCUGUAGUCUCGAACGUGGUUUCCGUCGUAGCGCCUGUGGUCUCGAACGUAGCUUCCGUCGUAGCACCUGUGGUUUCCAACGUGGUUUCCGUCGUAGCACCUGUGGUUUCCAACGUGGCUUCCGUCGUAGCACCUGUGGUUUCCAACGUGGUCUCUGUCGUUGUACCAGUGGCAACACCCAUCCUUGAGCCAGUACUCUCUGUCGUCGUACCAGCAGCAACGCCCAUCCUCCAACCAGUACUCUCCGUCGUUCUGCCAGCGGCGACACCUAUCAUUACGCCCAUCAUUCCGGGCAUUGGCCUCUAGUUUCUGUGUCGGAAGAUAUCGAGGUCCACAAAGGCAGAUAAGAAAUUGCAAGAUACGAUAUUUGUACCGCUUUGGAAUUCUACUACUCUCCUUUC